AUGCCUUCUGCCACAGAUAAGACCCAAGCAAACGGCCUAGCCAACGGCUACACCGCUAUUGCUGGAACUGAGAAAUGUCUCCCAACCGUCACCCCCGGAGAAACAUUUUGGCAGACCGAGAAAGAUGAGCUCCAUGAUCAUCGAUCGACCGAGCAAUUGCCUGAGCACAGUGAUAUUGUGAUCAUUGGUGCUGGGUAUGCUGGUGUUGGUACUGCCUAUCAUCUCGUAAAAGAUUACGAUGCAAAGUCCGUCACCAUUCUAGAGGCCCGGGGUGCUUGCUCCGGUGCAACUGGUAGAAAUGGUGGUCACUGCAGACCUGAUCUUUAUGGCCACAUCCCCACCUACAUGGACCGAGCAGGAGCUCAAGCCGGUGCUGAGGUUGCCCUGUUCGAAAUUGCCAAUCUACGAGCGUUGAAGAAAAUCAUCGAGGAGGAGAAGAUCGAUUGUGAUUUUACUUUGACUCGAUCAACAGAUGUCUGGUGCAAUGAGGAGUCCGCAAAGAAAGCUAAGGCGGUUUACGACCGGAUGGUUGCCGAGAAUCUUGAUUAUAUGAAUGACGUGAUUUUCUAUACUGGAGACAGGAGUGAAGGAAUCUCCGGUGUCAAGGGUGCAAAGGCAUGUGCAAGCUUCACAGCCGGUACAAUGUGGCCUUAUAGAUUCAUCAUGCAUCUUGUCCGAUUGGUUGUUACAGCUGGUGUCAACUUGCAAACACAUACCCCUGUCACAUCCGUGGAGCCAUGCUCACAAGAACAAGGCGGCUUCACCGUCACCACCCCCCGAGGAACGAUGCACGCAGGAAAGGUUGUUUACGCCAACAACGCCUACUAUAAGAAGAACAUUAUCCCCUGCAAAGGAAUUUGUUGUCGAAUCACACUUCCCGAAUCCAAGGAAGCGGCGCCUUUACUCACUAAUUCAUACAUCAACCGAACCGAUGAAAAUGUGCUCUCAUAUUUGAUUCCUCGUUCAGACGGCAGUAUCGUCGUCGGUGGUGCUGCGGCCGUCUUCCGGAAUGCCGAGGAUCAGUGGUAUGACAAUGUGGAUGACAGUGUUCUGAUCGAUGCUGCCAAGGACUAUUACACAGACUAUAUGCAGCGAACAUACUAUGGCUGGGAAGGCGCUAAGAUUGAUAAGCUCUGGUCUGGCGUUAUGGGAUACUCAUACGAUUCCAACCCGCACAUUGGUGCUGUUCCUGGAGAGUCGGAUCAGUACAUUCUUGCUGGAUUCAAUGGCCAUGGUAUGCCUGUCAUUUGGCUGUCAUCGAAGGAGGUGGCCAAGAUGAUUAUGGAAGAUGUUUCAUUUGAGAAGACUGGUCUCCCCGGGCUGUUCCAGAGCACACAGUUCCGUAUUGAUCGGGCAUUGAAUGGGAAGGAGGAGGAUGGUGAUAUCCUUGGAACUGGGAAAUCUGCUGCCACGAAGCCUUAA